AUGGUUUGGGGAAUUUUAAUGCAGUUGUUAUCUGAACUUUUCACAUUUACUUCUAUUAUUGUCUUGGUAAUAUUUGUUAUUUCUAUAUAUUAUUUAAUUCAAUUUUUUUAUAAUAAUGAUUCAUUGUCAGUUUAUGAAAAUAUUGAAUCAACAUCUGAAACACCAAUUGAUGAUAUUUCUAUACCAAGUGAUAACCUAAUAAAUAAUGAUAAUUCAAUUGAAGAAAUAAAAAAGACCGGAAUGGAUUUUAAAUCAUUUGUUAAAAGAAGGCAUUCCAGUACAUCAGGGCGAUCAUUCCUAAUUGCUAAGGCUGCCCAUAAUUAUAUUUGUGAUAAAAAAAAUACAUUUAGAAGGCAAAUGACAGAAAUAUCAAGAGAAUCAUUACCAAAACCACCAAAAGAAUUUUUUGAACCUAGUUCUGCCCAAGAAAUUCCUAAUCAUUUGAAACCAGAAAAUUUUUAUCUUAUACAUUCAUUAAGAAUGUUAGAAUUACCAACUAAUUUUGCAUCAGAUGUUUUACAAUCAAGUAAAUUUACAGCUAAAAAAGGUGAUAUUAUAGUUAAACCAGGAGAUGAAGAUGAUCAUUUAUAUGUUGUACUACAAGGAUGUUUAAAUGUAUAUAUUAAAAUUAAUGAAUGUAAAGAAUGUUUAGUAAAAAAAAUUGACAAAGGACAUAUGUUUUUUUCAUUUUUAUCACUAGUAGAUGUUUUAAUGGGAAAAGAGUCAAAAUUUAAGACUGUUUCAGUGAGAGCAGCUGAAGAUUGUAUUGUGGCAAAGUAUAAUUUAAAUCGUUUUAAAGAAUCAUUUAAUGAAAAUCCAAAAGAUUGGAUAAGACCUAUUCAGAUUAUUGUCACGAGACUUUUACAUGUGACUAUGACUACAUUACAUCAUUAUUUAGGGUUAACAGAAGAGUUAAUGAAAAGUAGGAGUAUAGAUGAAAAUCUAACUGAAAAAGAAAAAAAAUUUCAUAGAUUUGGAAAUUCUAUUAGGGUUACAAAAAGUAAUACUAGAAAUAAAAUGAGGCGGUUGUUUAGUUAUGAUGAGGCACAUGAUCAAUUAGAUAUUGCCAUAAAAUAUUUUGGAGAAACAUUAGGUAUACCUGUAGAAAAAGCUAAUUUAUUAUUACAAGAUCGUGUUGAUAUGUUAGUUGCUUCAGAAAAUCAAACUGUUAUUGAACAAGGUUCAAAUGAUAAUGUAAAAUUGAUUCUUGUUGUAUCAGGAGCAUUAAGAUUAUUACAAGAGGUAAAAGAGGAAGAAACAAUUUUAGAUGAUGAUAUUGAUAGUAUGUUUGAUAGUGAUCAAAUAACUGAAAAAGGUUAUCAUUUAAUUUUACAAAAAGAAAUUGUUGGUGGAUUACAGUUAUUGUCAAAUGAACCUUCAUUUUAUAAAGUUAAAGCUGUGUCAAAUUGUGUACUAGCAACAAUAGGAAAAAAUGAAUUUAAUGAAUUAUUAAAUGAAUGUCCAGAAAUUGCUUUACAUGUAGCAUAUUCUAUAGUAAGAAGAUUGUCACCUUUUAUUAGAGCUGUUGAUUUUGCUUUAGAAUGGAAUUUACUAGAUUCUGGACAGGCUUUAUUUAGGCAUGGUGAUAAGGCUGAUAGUUUGUAUGUUGUAUUAACAGGUCGUUUAAGAUCUGUUGAUAAAAAAUCAGUUUUAGAAGAAUUUGGAAAAGGGUCUGCCAUUGGUAUGGUAGAAUUGGUUCAAAAAAGACCUCGUCAAUCAACUGUCCUUGCAAUUCGAUAUUCACAAAUAUCUGAGGUGUCAAAUAAUUUAUUGAAUUAUAUAAAAUUACAAUUUCCACAAGUUGGAUUUAGGCUUAUAAAAUUACUUGGAAAUUAUUUUGAUUCUUCAAAUAGUCAAAAUACUUUAUUAAAUGGACCACCAUUGUCAAUUGAUGGAAUAUCUCAAGAUGCCAUUUCACACAUUAAUAAUCUUCAUACUGUUGCAAUACUACCAGCUUCUAAAGAUGUUCCUCAUACAGCAUUUACAUGUGAAUUAUAUCAUGCUCUAAAUUUUUCAAAACAUGUCUUACGUCUUUCGUCAUCGAAAAUUAAAGAACAAUUAGGUAAUUCUGUUCUUGAAAAACAAGCUGACUUUCGACUUAUGCAUUGGUUAAAUGCUCAGGAAGAUAUAUAUCCAUUAAUUAUAUAUGAGUGUGAUUAUGAAACAACUAUGUGGACAAGGAGAUGUUUAAGACAGGCAGAUGCUAUUUUAGUUGUUGCUAAUGGUGCUAAUAAACCAUUAGAAAAAAGUUUUGUUGAUGAGCAUAUGAUGAUGAAUCAAGAUGGUAUUAGAACAUGUAAAGAAUUAGUUUUAUUAUGGGGAGAAGAUGUUAGUAGUCCUAAGGGUACAUAUAAUUGGUUAAAAGGAAGUUAUUUUUCUGGUCAUCAUCAUGUUAGAAUGAAUAAGAGAAUGUUACAGUGGGAUUUAAAUGAUAGUGAUACUGAAAAAGAAAUUUUAGAUUAUUAUGAAAAAAAUGUUUAUUUUGAGAAACUUAAUGUUCAUAGUGAUUUUAGUAGAUUAGCAAGAAUAUUAACUGGAAAUGCAAUUGGUUUAGUAUUGGGUGGAGGUGGAGCACGUGGGUCAUCACAUAUAGGAGUAUUGAAAGCAAUGAAAGAAUUUGAAGUACCUAUUGAUAUUAUUGGUGGAACAUCUAUUGGUUCAUUUAUUGGAGCUUUAUAUGCCCAAGAUCCUAGUAGUGAAACAAUUAUUGAAAGAUCAAGUAGAUGGUUUCAUGUAAUGUCUUCAAUAUGGAAUAAAAUAUUUGAUUUAACUUAUGCAUAUUCAGCUAUGUUUUCUGGUGCCGGUUUUAAUAAAUCGAUUAGAGAUGUUUUUAAAGAAAGUUAUAUUGAAGAUUGUUGGAUUCCAUAUUUUUGUAUUAGUACUGACAUAACAGCUUCUGAAAUGAGAGUUCAUCGUUCUGGUUCAAUAUAUUCAUAUGUUCGAUCAUCAAUGUCAUUAGCUGGAUAUUUACCACCAUUAUGUGAUCCAAUUGAUGGACAUUUAUUGUUAGAUGGUGGAUAUGUUAAUAAUUUACCAGCUGAUGUUAUGCGUUGUUUAGGGGCUAAAUUUGUCAUAGCUGUAGAUGUUGGUUCUAGAGAAGAAAGAAAUCUUUAUAAUUAUGGUGAUACUUUAAAUGGAUUUUGGGUUUUAUUUAAAAAAUUAAAUCCAUUUUGUGAACCUCCUGUUGUAUUAAAUAUGGAAGAAAUUCAAAGUCGAUUAGCAUAUGUAUCAUGUACACGUCAACUUGAAAUGGUAAAAAAAGCUCCAUAUUGUUGUUAUUUAAGGCCUCCUAUAGAAGAAAUAAAAACACUAGAUUUUCAUCGUUUUGAUGAAGUUAAAAAUUUGGGUUAUGAAUACGGAAAAAAAAAGAUUGAACAUCUUGUUAAUAAUAAUGAAACAAUACAAGCUAUUCUUGAUCCAGUUAAAGGUCGCUUAAGGAAAGGUAAAGUAUCUGGUAAUGAGUUAAAUUAUUCUCAUUUAACUCGAGCAUCAUCAUUUACUGACCUUGCUGCAAGAAUAUCUAAAAUUCCAUCAAUGAGAACAAAUAAUUCAAUUUCUGAUUUCACAUCUUUAGAUAUUUGUGAAGAGUCUUCUGAUGAAGAUAAAGAGAGUACUCCAGAAGUAAGAACAGAACAAAAUUCAAGAGCUGUUACUCCAAAACCAUCAAUUGAAUAA